CGUCAUCCCUGACCUAGCCAAACAAGCAAAAUAAACAAAAACGGGGCGCUUGUCAGUGUGUGACGCUGUGGUGCUACGAUGUGAUUAAUUAAAAAUACAGGAUCGUUCAGGGCUGUAUUUGAUCAUUUUACGCAGUCAUCCUCGCUGUGUUGCACACGUAGCGUCACACUCUUCGUGUUAAGAGUUGAGUCUCCGCUCUGUGAUGAGCUGCUUGUGCGACAAUGGAUAGUGAUCUCAGCUCACAGGACAGGAAAGACUUGGAUAAAUUCAUCAAAUUCUUUGCCUUAAAGGCAGUGCAAGUCAUAGUUCAAGCCCGGCUUGGAGAGAAGAUCAGCACUUGCUCCUCUUCAUCACCGACAGGGUCAGACUGGUUUAAUCUGGCAAUAAAAGACAUCCCAGAGGUGACUCAUGAGGCCAAAAAAGCUCUUGCUGGACAGCUGCCUGGCAUCGGCCGAUCCAUGUGUGUGGAGAUCUCCCUCAAAACCUCAGAGGGAGACUCCAUGGAGCUGGAGACGUGGUGUUUGGAAAUGAAUGAAAAGUAUGACAAGGACAUUAAAGUGUCCUAUACAGUUUAUAAUCGGCUGUCUCUGCUGCUCAAGUCUUUGCUGGCCAUCACAAGGGUGACACCUGCUUACAAGCUUUCACGUAAACAAGGGCAUGAUUAUGUCAUACUCUACAGGAUCUAUUUUGGAGAUGUCCAGCUGACAGGUCUCGGGGAAGGGUUCCAAUCAGUGCGAGUGGGUGUUGUAGGCACUCCCAUAGGCACCAUCACUUUGUCCUGUGCAUAUCGCACUAAUUUGGCCCUCAUGUCUUCAAGGCAGUUUGAGAGGACAGGCCCUAUCAUGGGUAUCAUCAUUGAUCAUUUUGUGGAGCGUCCCUUCACUAAUAUGGCACACAUGCAUCCCUGCAGUUACAGAGCGCCUGGAGAAGAUGAGGGAGGGACUUAUGCAGGAAUAGAAGACUCUCAGGAGGUGUGCACCACGUCCUUUUCCACCUCCCCACCAUCACAGUGUGUGUGUACUGUAAGUCAGGCACAUUUUAAGACACCUAGGCCGACUCUGAUGGCCACACUGAAGGUUCCCCUCAUGGGGCUUGGCAUCUCACAGCAACUUUACAGCUCUCGUCUGUCAUAUCAGACUCCGGCCCUGGGAACUGUGGAUUUGUGCCAUCCUACAGCUUGUACUGCUGCUGCACAUCCUCACCAGAUGGUUGUGCCGGGUAAAGAAGGUGGAGUCCCACAGGUGCCGGCUCAGCCUAAUCAUGGCACUGCAGCUGAGCAUGGUCGUAUCCCAUCAUGCCCCAAUGGACAGUCGCCUCAGCCGGCACAGCCCACAUCCUGUAGUAGUGAGGUGAAGACUGUGUUCUGUGAUGCUCUAGAGACCACCUUCACCAGGAAAGUCGGUGCUUUUGUCAACAAAGCCACCACUCAGGUGACAACAACCAGCCUGGAUCUUCCUUUUGCUGCAUUCGCUCCAAGAGCCUAUGACUUGGAGGUGAACGACCCAAUGGUGCACCCUCCUCCAUCCCCAGCUCCUUCGUCUCCCUUGCAAGGCAGCCUGCACUCAAACAGCUCGAGCCACAGCGGAGGACAGCCACAAGACGACUUUGUCAUGGUUGACUUUAAACCAGCAUUCUCUAAGGAUGAUCUUUUGCCAAUGGAUCUGGGAACUUUCUAUAAAGAGUUUCAAAACCCUCCUCAACUUGCAAGCCUGUCCAUCGAUGUCAGCGCUCAGUCUAUGGCUGAGGAUUUGGAUUCUCUUCCAGAGAAACUGGCCAUUUAUGAGAAGAACAUUGAUGAGUUUGAUGCGUUUGUGGACACGCUACAAUAGAACAGAACAGAGAUUGCAUCCUUCACAACUUCUUUACUCUUCUUGCUUCCUUCACUGAAGCAUCCCUCAUUGGAUGUCUUCAUUAACCCUGUUUUGUGUCAGUUUUUCCUUGUGCAAUGAACUAUGAAGAGAAUCAUCAUUCAAGAAAAAAGUGAACUGAGGUAUAAGGAGAAUAGCAUCUGUUAAAGGAACUGAGCAACAUAAAAUUUCCAACACUUGUAUUUAUUAUAAUAGCAGAAGUGUUUAAGUAAAGCUCACUGUAAUGAAUGUAUAAACCUGUACCAGCCUUUAUUUUUGUUUUGCUCAUCACGACAACUCAUGUAGUUCACUGACUAGUCACUGAAGCAGAUUUCUGUCAUUGUACUGCUGACACCAUACAAAUUCUCUACAACUUAAAUGUGAGGGGAAAACUUGAAUAAUCUAAGAGUAUGUCCAGUUUUGCUUUAUAGGCUUAAACAUGAAUGACACUACAGUGAACAUUGACAACAGUGAAUUGUGAGUCUGUGUCUGCUUACCUGGUUCUUGUAAAUGCAUUUUACCAUAACCUAUUUUUUUUUUUUUUUUUUUUUUUUUGAAAUUAGGGACAGUUUAUCAUUAAUACUCAUCAGAUUUUUAAAUGGUGAGGAAUGCUUUUUUCCCUUUUCUUUUUUUUAAAGCUUAUGUUUGGCAAGUCAUUAGGAGCUGGACCUUCUUUUAUUAUUUUAAGUGUCUUCUUUCUCUCCUCACUUUGUUAAUGUGGCAUGUAAAUGUUGGGUAAUAAACUGAUUUAUUUCA